AUGGCGAUUUCUCAGGAUCAACGACUCCGUAUCGAUCUCUCGAAGUACGAGAAACUCAAUCGCGAGCAGGCGGGACACUUGCGACACUUUCACAACCUUGUAGACCAAAUAGAUGGAGAAUGGUACGGAAUGGGAUCCCAGCAAGACGCUCACCAAGAGUUCCUUGAUGCCUACCGAUACCAGCUUGCCCAGAUGUCCUAUGGGGCAGCCGUGGCUCACUAUCAUCGCCUCCCGGCCGCCAGAAGCAUCUUCAAACCUCUCUUGCGGCGCAUCAUCCACAAGAUGCUUCGGCCCGAGGUCUGGGGCUACUGGUAUCUCACCAGCCAGUCGGGCAAGCUCGUUGACCCGGACAUCACAGAGUUGAGGAAACCGUGGGCCGACCCGGUCGCUACGGAGAACAUCAUGUACAGCGGCCACCUGCUUCUGAUGACCAGCCUGUACGCGAUGCUCUUUGACGACGACGAGUUCGAGAAGCCGGGGUCCAUCACAUUCACCUGGGCUCCUAUAUUUUGGGGGUUCGGCCCCGAGACGUACCGCUACGACAACCGGAGUCUGCAAACGGUGAUUGUGGAGCAGAUGGAACACAACAACUGGGUCGGUGUCUGCUGCGAGCCGAACAGCGUGUUUGUCGUUUGCAACCAGUUUCCGGCACGUAACUUGUCAUUUGCCCGAGAUGCAAGCUUUUGCGGUCUCGCUGACCUGUCACAGAUCAUUGCGAUGCGGUACAACGACGUCCGCGACGGCGUUGACACCGUAAGCCAUAUCCUCGAGAAGUACAAGAAGGCAAUCGCAGACCACGGGCUGUUACGCCUCGAUGGACUCUACGCAGAGUGGCUGUACUUGAAGCAGGGUCGGGUUGAGCCUCCGAAGGGAGUAACUUCAGUUGCAUGGGCGAAUGCUUUUAUGAACUCUUGGAACACGGACUUUGUCUACUCCUCCUAUGACAGGCAAGCUUUGGGCUUCAUCAUGUCAAUCAAUGGCGAGUUUCGGUUGCAAGACCCCGCCGUUGCUCUGGAAUACCGAAAGCUUGCGCAAACCGAGAAGCCUGCUGAGUGUGAUGAGACAGCAAUGCUCGAGAAAGCUCGAGUUGAGGCGGCAAAACUGCCUCCCAAUCCCUUCCCGCUCACGGCGCCGUAUCUCGGUUACGUUGUGCAGUGGCUCUCUGAGCUCGGAAAGGAGAAGGAGCUGGAGGAUCUUCUGGAGUACGCCGAUUCACGGCUUCUGCCAACGUGGGAGAGGGGUGGUCUCUUUUACCCGAGGAACAAUACCACUGUUAACGGAAACGGUGACUGGGUUCACAUGGACCCUUUCACCGGUAACGCUGCAAUCGGCUACGCACGACUUAACGUCAAAGAUGGCCAGAGGAUUAUGUGGGAGAAGCCAUGGACUCAGGAGACACUUGCCAGCCGGCCGUGGAUUGAUGAAGUCUCCCUCUCUCAGGGGGUGGAUUGCUUGCGGGCUUGCUGGGACGAUGAGGAAAAGCUAUUAGUCCUGACCCUGAGAGCGUGGGACAAUGGAUCGGUGAAGGUACAGCCGGUUGCCCGAAACCUCUCUGCCGGUUCUUGGGGAGUAUAUGUGCAGGGGAAGCUGAUUCAACAAGAUGUGGUAGAGGAUGGAGGAUCCCUGUCUGUGGACGUUGGCGUGUCUAACGAAGACCUGGACAUCGUGUUUCUGAAAAUCUAG